CGGUUAUUCCGGUGAACGGUGAAAAGCUAAAAAGAUUUUCCGGCGGCAAUGGUAAAACGCUUUAAAACGAAACGAAAAUCAAGAAAAACGACGUGAGUGCAGUGCCACGAAAAAAAAUCAAAAGAAGAAGAAGAAGGCCAAUAGUCAAUGAUGAUGGUGGUGAUGAUGAUGACGAUGAAAACACGGCGAUCGAGUUAAAAAUAAAUAUUCUUCAUUAAAUUGUGGUGUUGUUGUUGCUGUUGAUGUUGUUUGUGUUGUGUUUCAUGCGGAACAAAAUUGUGUUAUUUUUGGUGUAAUUUAUACAUCGCGUUGUUGUUGUUGUGUUUUUAAUGUUUAAUGCCUACAAGAAUUCACUUAAUUGAGUGAGCAAUUUUCCCCGACCAUAAUAAAGUAAUUACAACAACCAAAAGAAAUUAAAAGAAAAAAAUAAUAAAAAAUUUUAUUUAAAAGUCGGAAAAAUUCCCAAAAAGUUUUUAAAAUAAAUUAUAAUCCCAAUAAAAAGUCAAGUGCAGUUCAGUUCUCCUUUGCGGAAUACCCAUUAAAUACUACACACGGUCCUUCCCAUCUCCCACCUAAUGCUCAAUAUUGGACAAGAGAAUGUUCAGCAACAGGAAUACAAUCCAACAUAAAAAUUAUUCUCCAUACCUACCGGGAGAUGCAAAUGUAAAAAAUCUCCUUAAACCAUUUACAAAAUAUCGCAGAAGAUACAAAUAUCAAAAGUACCCUCGGACGAGCUGUUGAAUAAAUCAGCUCAUCCUGGUCGAAUUAAGGAAUUGAACAUAUCCUGCAUUUGCAUUCUGCAUUAAAACCAUGUCAUCUCGUCGCAGUUCAGUACGGCGCAGAGAAAAACCUCCAUUCCAAAGAUUUAAAGAUCAUUGCCGUAAAUUUACGGCGUUUAUGUUUAGUAAUGUCGGUAUAAUAUUACUCGUUAUAUUCUAUACGAUUGGUGGCGCGUUUAUAUUUCAGGCCAUCGAAAUAUUCGAAUAUGAACGGCAAAUGGCUGUCCAUAAAGAUGUUGUACAGUUGGACUAUACGAAAGACAUUUUGGAUCGUUUGUGGAUUGAGACAGCAACAAAUAUUAGUUUUUAUGAUCGUCAUAAAUAUAAGGAGAGAAUCAAUGAAAUACUAAUCGAGUUCCAAAAGGCUGUUGUCAAUCAAGAAAAAGAGGCUAUAGAUCCACACAAGCAAUGGAGCUUUUCCGGUGCAUUUUUAUAUUCCCUAACGGUUAUAACAACAAUUGGUUAUGGCAACAUAUCACCCCGUUCCGACUGGGGAAAAUUAGUAACCAUUCUCUAUGCAAUCAUUGGCAUGCCCCUAUUUUUGCUAUACCUAUCAAAUAUUGGUGAUGUAUUGGCAAAAUCAUUUAAAUGGAUUUAUUCCAAAGUAUGUCUGUGUCGCAUAUGUCCCGGUGUGGCCAGAAGACGUUUGAUGCGUGAACGACGUAAACUGAGGGCAGAACUAAUGACAAGAGCAUUAGCUGAAAUGGAAGAAUCCCGCCAUAGCAAAUACACCUCGAGUAGUAGUACAAGUGACAGUGCUUCCAGUUAUUAUUCCGACGAAUCAGAAAGUUCCUCCAGCUCGAGUCGUAGUCCACGUUAUAAUGACGGUAGCCAAGUGAUGAGUCGUAGCCGCUUGGAAGCAUUAAAUAUAUUGGAGGAAGAAGACUUAACGGAUAUUGACAAGGAGAUGCGUGGUAGUACCGAUGAAAUAACUGUUCCUAUAACUGUUUGUGUUCUCAUAAUGAUAAGUUACAUUCUUUGGGGAGCCAUAUUGUUUGCCCGCUGGGAACAAUGGAAAAUCCUUGAUGGCAGCUAUUUUUGCUUUAUAUCCUUGAGUAGUAUUGGCUUUGGAGAUCUUGUGCCUGGCGAAGGUCUUAUAACCGAAGACAAAGAUACCGUGGGUGUGAGUUUUAUUAUGUGUGCCGUUUAUCUGUUGCUGGGCAUGGCGUUGAUUGCUAUGUGCUUUAAUUUAAUGCAGGAACAAGUCAUACAUAAUCUGAGAGCCUGUAAACGUGCCUUUAAGGCCUGCUUCCGUUGUCGAGGAAGGGGUUAGAAUUAGUAACUGAUAUAUAUGCAUAUUCAUGUGUAUUGUAUAUGGCAACAAAGUAGACAAACAAAUGUGUUCUAAUUAGGUUUAGUAUUAAAUUCACUUUUUAUAAUUUAUUUAAAAAUUGAUUUCAUAAAUUCAUUUAUUGUUGUAAUAUAUUUUAUUUAGAUUUAGUUUAUGAAAUUCUAGUUUAUGUACAUAUUUUUAUUUUCUUAAAUUAAAUGUAAAACGCUUCGAUUAGAACUAAUUUUAUAAGAAAAUUUGUUAAAUUUUAGGUUAUGAUGCGACAAAAUUAGAAUAUAUUAUUGAAAAUUAUACUUAAAGCAAAAAAUAAUUAUACAUUUUC